UGGACCAUUUGAAAGGUAUUUUAAAUUUAGUUAAAUUGAAAAUCCUGUUGUUUGAUGCCUGACACAUGCAAAAGAGUGAACUCUUCAUUGAAUCACCAUUCCUCCCAUACUGUCAUAGGUUCAGAGAUGGGUUAAAAACGCUUGGAGUCCUGGAGCAGAUCCAGAAUCAUCCAGAAUCGUUCAGUCCAGUGAUGUGCUACAAUCCAAGGCCGCUCACCGCUGACCAGGUUGAUGGGCUGUUCCACAUCCGGUGGUCAGAGGAGGGGAGCAACCAGAAAAGAGAGGAGAGAACAGUAGUUGCUUUCUGGAGGGACUAUUUGCAAGAUGUUGAAGAGGAAGAUGGAUCAAAGAAGUUGGGGGACAUCCUAGCAUUUGCAACUGGAUCUGAUGCAGUACCAACAAUCGGCUUCUCAACCAUCUCUUGAAUUUCUUCACCCUAGUGGUGGAGCAGCAAAGUUCCCUGUUGCCAACACCUGCAUCAGCUGUCUUCGACUGCCGAUCUACAGCACGUACGAUUGUUUUAGGACCAACAUGGACUUUGC